UAAUUUCCCUUUCCCUUCCAUUGAUUUCUGCUUCUUCUUCUCGUUUUAUGGAGUUGGUUUAGAUGAGGGUGCAAUACGUCUGAAGCAUCUUCUUCUUUUUUUCAUUCUUCUUCCCAUUUCCUUCCAACCUUCUCCCUCUUUUUUCAUGCCCAGGUCUCUCCCUCACUGGAAGUGCUAUUGCUCACAUUGAUAUUGGUUUCUUAGGGUUUUUGUUUGUUUUUGAAGGAUAAACCAGUGAAGUUAAUCUCAUGUUGAAGAUUUUCAAGAAGAAAACAUCUCCCAAAGGAGAAAUUGAAGGAGCCUUAUUGAAAUACUUGGGGGUUGAGCGCAAUGAGGUAACAAAGGACGGUUUAUUCUCUGUUGGAGAAAUGGAAUGUAUGCAGGGAUGUUGUGUAAAUGCUCCUAUGAUUGCAGUUGUUGAUUACACCAAUAGAUCUGAAGGAUAUAAGUAUAAUUACUAUGAAGAUGUUACUACUCAACGAGUUGUUGAGAUAGUUGAGAUAGUUGCAGUGGGAUUUUGCCAAGAGAACUGAUGCCUCAAAGUGUUACUGCAAGGUUCCAACCUCAGAGGAGCUCGAUGCCUAUGCACAUGAGCAAUGGGAGGUGUGACUUUCACCUAUUUUUUUCAUCGAUUCAUUGGCAUAAUUUAUGUUCUUAAUGGUAGUGUAUGUGAUGCGGAAUUAUGCAAUUAGUUUUG